AUGCAGCCUACACUAGCUCCAGCACCGCAUCCAAGCAUGCAAACUUCUGCUCAGGUAAGCAGCUUCUUGUCGCGGUUUGUCAUCAAGAUCCACCUGUCACAUCCUCAGCAAGCUCGCCCUCCACCUCCGCCACCACAGCCUCCGCACAUGCAACCCACGACACCGGUUGCACGCGACCAGAAUAACAUUGAUCCUGCCAUUUCGGGAGGAGCGAUGCUGGCCGGGCCCCAGACCCCGCAACCGGACCUGUCGGGCCAGGAGUCUCCCAAAACCUACGGCAAGCGGCCAUUGUCCACCUCCAAGCGGGCUGCGCAGAAUCGUGCCGCGCAGCGGGCGUUCCGUCAGCGGAAGGAAGCACACAUUCGCGACCUGGAGGGGAAGGUGAAGGCAUAUGAAACCAUGGGAGAAGCCAUCAAGGCUUUACAAGCGGAGAACUACCAGCUUCGCGAGUACAUCAUCAACUUGCAGUCGCGCUUGUUGGAUACGCAAGGCGAGGUUCCGGAGCUCCCAGGGAACAUUGAUCUGAGCCAACCGCGGGGUGACAUCCCGGUACCCGCUCCUCCCACAUCAGGAACCAGCACCUCCGCUGUUCCCGUUCCACCUCCAACUGCUCCCCAGCAACCUCAGCCAGCACAGAACCAGGCUUCCGCACCGAAUGAUGACAUGAACUCGUUGAAUCGCAUAGCCGUUGCAGGACUUGGAAUGCGCAAGCCGCCGACGGAAGAAGCAAACUACCUUGGAAACAGCUUCCAACAACAGGCAAGGCGUGUCCGCCCCGACGAUGGCCAACCUGACGCGUCCGAAUUGACCCUGCCCAAGCAGGAACCCACACACGGAUUACCGCUCAUAUCAUAG